CAACAACAACAACAACAACAACAACAACAACAGCAGCAGCAGCAACAACAACAACAACAACAAAAAAUACAACAACAGCAACAACAGCAACAAAAAGUGGAUAGCAACAUACCUGCGACAACCGCUAGUACAACAGCACCCAUAGCGACAGCUUCAACAACUGUACCACCUACGACUGUAUCAACUAUACCUGGUGCGGCUGCUACUACCAAUACAACGGCAACAAUGACAUUUCCUCAAUCUCAUACACGACCAGGAAUGGGAACAGACGACAAGGUGAUAAAUCCUAUGCUUUACGCAAACGAUGUCCUCAAAGAUGUUGCGCAAUUAUUGACCAAUCCCAAGUCAUCAAGUGAUAUAUACAGUACUCCUUUAUUCAUGGUAGAUGACUUAAUUGUUGAUGGUGAUGAUACUAAUCCUGGAAGUGGUGGUCGACAACAACAAUUGGAUGAAGAAGGAAACACCAACAAAAAGGACUCUGGCGAUCGUAGAACAGUGAUGUUUUCGGAAUCACCGUCAUUAGUUCACCACGCUCUCAAAGAAGGCUUUAAGGACGAAACAUUUGGCACCAAUGAACUGAUGGGCAUGAUUUCUUCAAACACAGCUGUGAAUUCACCUUGGCAUGACAAUCAAUCUAGUCAUUCAUCCUCACUAUCAUCAUCAUCUUUCUCGUCAUGCGAAUUGAAUGAAGAUUUCGUCAAAAAUAAUUGGUAUCAAGUUGGAAUGGAUAAGGAUGUACUUGGAAUUGCAGAAACAAUGCCUGGGUUGGAAUUUGAUGUGGACGGAUAUAUCAAUUGUACUACUGGAGGUGGUUCUGGUCGACUUGCUCAUCCUCCUCUGUUUUGAUUCUAUUAUCAUUUUUUUUUUCGUCUUUGUUUUUGUUUUUACAUAUACACCUUUUUAUAUCUAUCUUCUUUAUUAUUAUUAUUAUUAUGUAGCAUUCUUCUUUCAUUCUUUUUUAGUCUUCCAUUUGUUUUAGUUUAUCUAGUGAAAUA